AUGAAGCCACAAGACAUGCAACUCGCCUUCCUCACUACUCCCUCCACCGUCGUCUGGUAUCGAAUCGCCCCGUUACUAUAUUUCCUUUACGUCGUCCCUUCUUUUGUGAUGGGUCACCGUAUCAUCGUCAAUUGCGUUUUUCUGCUUUCUACCGGCUUCACUUUCCUGGCUCUCCUGUCUGGUGUCACACGCUCGCUGUGUUCUUAUGCGGGCCUGAAACCAACCUCCUUCUGUGAAGCCAUGCUGAGCUCCAGGGAGUUCAUCGCACAAUUAUCAGGCCUUUCGUCGGAGUUAGGGCAAUGUGCAGCUCAAUUCCAGGCAUACUCCACGUUGGCGCCUCCGCUCCUCACUAAUUUAUCGAAUAUCUACGUGGAAACUCGAAACGUGGCAUUCCUCGUCCAUUCAAGCAAUAUUUCUUCGAGACAUGUUAUUGGUCCUUUCCUCACGGAGAACGAAAGGGAUAUACUUGAUCUGUCUCGUUCCCUCUUACAACUGCGUCACCUGGUAGAAGGUGGAUCUAAUCAAAUCAGGGAUCUUGAAGGCUACGUCAUCCGCAGUUCAACGAUGGUAGUCAAGUGGCUCGGCCCUGACACCGCUUUCUGCAAAAUCGCCAGCCUCGUCAUCGCACUCCCGUCAUGUUCAAGGAACCCUUCUGCCUCAGUGGUUCUUAGCGAUGUGGUGUCAGCAUUCAACCGCUUCUCCCGCACCGUAGCCUCUCAUUCUGAUGCUACCUUGGCGAUUCUCAGCCGUUUCGACUCCCGUCUUCUCCACUUGGGCAACCUCGUCAACAAGGAAGCCGGCACACGUCGCCAAACAUACGAAGUUACCUUGUCGUCCAUAUGGUCUACUUUUGGAGGGAAUAGGGCGCAAUUAGCAAGUAUAUCGCUAGACCUGGACAUUUUACAGCGAGCCCACUCAUAUGUAUUGGCGGUCACCCGCUUCAACUUCGAAACUUUUCAGGCCGUGGAACAUGUAAGGCUCCACGCUCAAGAUGGGGAAGGACCAAUUUCAAGCGCAGAGGAAGUUCAUAACACGAUAGAAGCUUUGCGGGGCUCCCGAGUUAUGCGAUUAGAGCUCUGA